UAUAAAAAGUUUGAACUCCGAAAAACCCAACACAACCUUACCCUUACCCUUACUUGCCUUCCUCUCGUCUCCUCUCCUUCUCUUCUGCAAGCAAUGGAGUUUGAAUGCCGUCCUUGUAACUGGCAAGAAGAGGGCAUGGAAGAGUUAAGGCAUUCUCUUGUGUACACAAAUUUGGAGCUAGAGAACACAGUUUUAUCAGCAAGAGAGGAAAUCACAAGACGAGAAUACGAAUUAGUCCGGCUCGAAUUUCUGUUGAACAAGACCAUGAAAGAGAGGGAUGAAGCAGAAGAACAAUGUCAAAAGCUAAUGCUUGAGAAACUUGUACUCCACCAGCAACUACAAGAGAAGCAGCAGCAGAAGCAGAAGCAAGAGGUGCAGCCAAACCAAGUGGACGGUCCUCCGCUCUCCGCGACGUAUAGCAGCGAAGAUGAGUCCUCCAGAGAUGCUAUGACAACAUCACUGGCCGCGGAUCCAAGUCACCAAUUGCCAAUUCCAAAAGAGGCAUUGGGGUUGUUAGAAGGGAAGUCGCUGCCAGAUAAAGGGAAACUCUUGCGGGCAGUGAUGGAAGCCGGUCCGCUACUGCAAACACUCCUUCUGGCUGGACCGCUCCCUCAAUGGCAGCACCCACCUCCCCCGCUGAACGCUACAGAAAUCCCACCGGUCACCAUUUCUUCUCCGACGUCUGGCCUAAUACACCAAGACUCUUUCAACGGCACUUCAAAUGCUACCUUUUUAAGCAAGAAGAGGGCUUUAGAGGAUCCUGAGUACUCUUCCCUUAACAACAAGUACCAAAAGAUUGUGAUCUCUCCAAUGACAAACCCUUGACAUAACUCAGUAGCAUGUCCUAUCUUUUCUCAUGUAUCAGUCUUGAGUUUGUACACUAUUACGAUUUCUCUAAUUGUACACUAUCUGCAUUGAUCUUCACUGAGAUUUUUCCUUUCAAAUGAAGCAUACCAACCAUUGAUGGUG